GUUAUCUGCGGGUGUCAGCUCUUCACAUGGACCCGAAACACAGAGCCCUGCUGCGGACACACCGGCUCUAUCUGUCCGGGCAGCUGCUGGUCUCUGACUCCAUCGUUCCGUUUCUGUACCAGGAGGACGUCCUGACGGAGGCUCAGGUGGAGGACAUCCAGUCUCAGCCCACAGACACCAGGAGGACUCUGAGGCUGCUGGACCUGCUGCCGAGCCGCGGGCCCCGGGCCUUCCCCCUGUUCCUGCGGGCUCUGGAGGACUUCAGCUGGGUCAGAGACAGACUGCUGCUGGAGCUCCGGACUCCACCUGGACCUGAACCAGGAGCGAGCUCGACAGACGAGUGCCGGCUCCCCGACUCGCUUCUCCAGAAGGUCCCGUCGGAUCGGGAUCUGUCCCGGCUGGCGUCACGAAUCGGGGAGGAGUCAGAGGCGGUGCUGAUGGAUCUGGGCCUGUCGGCGGAGGACGUGUUCAGGUGUCGGUCGGAUCACGCUCUCAGUACGCAGGCGGCAGUUCUCUCCGCUCUGAUUCUGUGGAGACGGCGUGAGGGCCGGAGAGCGACGGUGCAGAGACUCGUGCAGAGUCUGAACGCCGCUCAGGUCCACCCGUCUGUCCUCGAGGACGUCCUGAAGUGACCCCCGGAGAACCAGUUCAUCUCCUUUUAACCAUUUACUUAAGAGCAUUCCAAACAUCAAAGACUUUAAAGUGACUGUGAGGAGGAUUUUAUAAAAAUGUUUGAGCUGAUCAUCUCACCACAAUAUGAAGAUCUUUGUUUUUUACUUCGACAGUUUGCACAAAAAUACAUUAAAACAAGAAAACAGUUUAGAAUAAGAGAUUAAAUAUAUUAAAGAUGUUAAAUUCAACAGUAACAGCUCAGUCUGAUUCA